UGUUUUAAAAGAGGACAAGAGAAGGAAGGCAGCAGAGCUCAGACAGGAGCUGUGCCUGAGCAGGCGGCAGCAGCCGCGACAGAGAGGAACCCAGGCACCCUCUGAAGUUCCUCCCCUGGCAGCAUCCAGCCCCAGCAUCAGUGAACCCGAUCAAAGCCCAGAACCAAGAAAGCACACGAGUGAGAUCUCUCUGACAGCUCUCUAGGUACCUGAGGUCCUGCCAUGAAGCUCCUGACAGCAGCUUUGCUCCUGCUGUUCCUGGCAAUGUACUUAGCUAGCACAGAAGGAUCAAAGUGCAAAUGCUCAAGGAAGGGUCCUAAGAUAAGAUUCUCUGAUGUGCAGAAGGUGGAAAUCAAACCAAAGUAUCCGUUUUGUGAGGAAAAAGUCAUCAUUGUAACAACGAUUUCACGGUCCAGAAGUGGACAGUACUGCCUGCAUCCCAAACUCCAGAGCACAAAGAGAUUACUUAAAUGGUUCAAAAUGUGGAGGGACAAAGGCAGAGUUUACGAAGAAUAAGAGGCAAAAGCUCAGUGGCAAGAAUGGAAUAGGCUCUGCAAAAGAUUCUCUCUCUCACACAGACAUAAGACACAAAUCUAUAUUAUUAUAAAGCACUUUUUACCAAGGGUCAGUUUUUACAUUUUAUAGCUGUCUGUGCAAAAGGCUUCCAGAUUUCAUAAGUGUCUCUUGCACUUCCGAUUUCAUACCUGUCUGCUUUGUACUGAGAAUGGGAAAACUCAUGCUUUUCAUUUUAAAGAGAUUUUUUUUGUAUCGGUUCAUACGUCACUAUGAUUGCAAUCGAGCUUUAUAAGCUCAUUAGAUGAACAAUAAUAUUUGUAAGCGGUAUUAUACCAUGGUGUCCCUUGUCCUCUUGCAUUGGGAAAGCUUUAGUGCCGUGGGUAGGGUUACUAGUAGUGUGCAGCUUCCACUGUUAUAGGGCUAUGUAGGGACUUGCUGUGUGCCUCUGAAAUGUAGUGGGGUAUGAGUGCAGUAGUGAGGCUCCUUAACAGCUCUCAUCCACUGGGAACCAACAUUGCUCUGGACCUCUUUAACAAAUCGAGGUUUUGCUGCAGGGUGAGAUGUGCAACAUGUCCCAGGUAAUGUUUUCAUAUACUAGAAACCAUUUCUAGAGCAAUUUUAUUACUAAGGAACGGCUUCUUCUUCUUCUUCUUCUUCUUCUUCUUCUUCUUUUCAAGAAAAAUUUGCAGCUUCAGUACUGAAAUAUUUUAAGCUUCAAGAAUCCUGUGUAUGAUUUCCUAGAUUUGUAGCAAAAUUCUUUAAAUGGUACCUUUUUAUGACAAAUCUGGUAGGGCAAGCAUAUAAAACCUAUAUCUGUGUUUUAGUCACAAAGCAACAUAUUCAUUAUUUUGAAUGUAAUACUCCAAUGUUAAGCAGUGCAUUCCUCUUUUUAAAAAUGAAAUAACAAAACUACCUUCUCAUGUGUAAAUAUACUACAGGAAAUCUCCCUAUAUUAUCUUUCUGUAUAAUGUAUUGUACUGCUAAAUUAUCAUAUGCUAUUUAAAUGUUUGAAAUAUUUAGAAAGUUGCAUGCGGAUUUCAUAUUUCUUUCUAAGACAAAUGGAAAAAUAAGUAAUAAAAUAUAUUUAAAAAUG